AUGAACCUUCUCAGCAAUGGAUUGAAAGGCUCGCUGCUCCCAGCAGCAGCGGCCAGCCCGCCGUCCGCGUCACUCCUGCUGUGCUCCGUCCAGCUUCAGAAGCCGUUGUGUCACCAGCUCCGCAGCUCCCGCUUCCCGCUCCUCCUCCACCAGCGUUACACCACCAUGGCGAAGCCCAUCAAUCGCAUCACCCUGUUCAAGGUCCCGAACCCCGACGACGUUUCCGCCAUCCUGGAGAAAUACACCACCCUCUCCACCGACGCAAAGAAGCGUCUCGUUCGGGCGGCCGUGCAGGACUCCAAACCCUACAUCAUCUCGGCCAAGGCCCAUGCCGUGAUCCCGGACCCGGCCGGCCGCAACCAGGACUUCACCGUCGCCGCCAACACCGUCUUCGCCUCUCUCGAGGACAUGAAGUUCUACGACGACGACUGCGAGGCCCACAAGGCCAUCAAGGCAUUCCUGAAGCCCCGGAUCCAGGGCGUCAUGACCGUGUACCACGAGGCCAACUAA